AUGUCUGCUGCCGUCUCGAGCAACGCAGGCCCUUCCUAUCAGCCUUUCCAGUGCACAGUCUGUGAGAGAAGGUUUACCCGGCAUGAAAAUCUCAAGCGGCAUGCCGCGCUUCACACUCGAUCAGAGGACAGCGCUUGCUUCACAUGCGAUUCGUGCCCCACUACGUUCUCCCGCCGUGAUCUGCUCCGCCGCCAUAUGAAGAAGAAGCACCCGGGAGAGGAAGAACCGCGCUCGUCGGUUGCAAGAACGAGGCCCCGAGGAGGGAGGCCGAGGUCUGACGAGGAGGUACGGUCGCCUACAACUUCUCUGAUUGGCCAGGAGAGGCGCUUGCAAUCGUCCACAGGCACUGCAGACUUCGACGUGGAUAUCGGGGACUGGGAGAUGGCCCUGCCUGAUGCAGCGCAUCUGUCAAGCAGUAUGCCCAAUGACACCGACAUCGAGCAACAUCCGCUCGCAGGGCAAGGGGCAUCCAACGAGCGAUCUUCGUAUACUGAGCACCCUGUCGAUGAUGCUGUGGGAUUCGCACAGAGCCUCCUUUCCGAGUCUUCGGUCCUUGGCGGGCAGGUCACAGCAACGCUCAGUUCUAGAGCUGGAAGAGACUUCCUCAGCUCCAUCCCCUCCGGCCUCUCGCCAAAAGACUUGCCCUACCUCCAGGAGGACUGGCUUCCUUCGGCUACACAAGUUGCGCGAGGCAUCGCACUCUACUUUGCUUACGUCUCCCACUUCUUCCCGUUCAUACACCGUCCGACCUUUGACGCCUCCCAAGCUGCCUCCCACCUGAUACUCAGCAUGCUCUGCAUCGCCUAUCAAUACGGGGAGGAUCCGGAUUGCGAUGAUCGAGAAGGUUCAGGAGCAGCUCUGUCUCUGCACUGCUUCCACCGAGCUCGCAUCCUCGUCGCGUCGAACGAGGAAGGGGCAGAGGAUGCAAAGCAGAAGCUGGUCAUGGUGCAGGCUUAUUUGCUGCUGGAAGUGCAUGCAAUGCUGUAUCUUUGCGGUCAGGAUUCGUCGUAUGGUCUCAAAAUCCAUCCAAAGAUGGUUGGACUUGCACGAUCAGGGGGACUCAUGCAGCCAAUGCAGACGAAACCCACUGCAACGAAAGACUUGGACUCGCUCUGGCGAGAAUUCAUCAAGGCCGAAUCGCACAAGCGGACGUUGUUGGCAGUCCAUCAACUUGACGCGCUCUGGUAUCAGAUUCUAUCGAUGCCCCGCCUGCUCUCCCACCUCGAGAUCAAGCACGACCUGCCCUGCCCGGAGGCGUGCUGGACGUCGUCGUCUGCCGCUGAAUGGGCCCAUCGUCAACUGGUCACCAACCAGUCUGUGCCCACGAUUCGGUACUCGGAGGCCGUUCGCCACUUUCUCUCGCCCAAUCCCGACGCUGAGUCACUCCCGCAAUUUGACCCCUACGGUGCCAUCAACAUCACCCCCUUUCUCCUCUCGAGCGUUCGAGAGGUUUCGGGCUGGUCCACCAUGACGGGUCGGCUCAGCUUGGAGAGAUUCGAGCCGCUCAAGUCGUCACUUGACGCACUGGAGCCGUACGUCCGUCCGCGACCAAAUGAGGACGUGGGCACGCAUGCCGUGUCCGUUGAAGCGACGUGGGAGAUGGCCAUGAUCGAGCUUCAGUCGUGGUCACCAUCGCAUACCGGGGGCAUCGUCGAGACGAGCUUGGAUGCAGCCCUAGCCACUGCAACCUACUUGAGCAUGUCGUGCGGCUCUCUUUUCGAUCCCGCGUCUGCCAAAGCCAUGGGUCCCCACCUCGAUUGGUUCCUCCUCUAUCUCGAGCGCUCCAUCACGCCAGAUUGCGAGCCACCGUGGGUGUCCGUGUACGCCUUCAAGGCCUUUCUCAUUGUCUGGCAGCUCGUUCGCGCAAACUCGUCUGGGGCCAUGCAGGCCGUUGGCGUGGACGAUGGCGAUGUCGGCAAAGCAUUGGUGUGGGCUCGCAAGGUGUUUGCGCGCCGCAGCUCGCGACAGUUGGGCAAGCUUUUCAUGACAAGCCUGACAUCGCUCGAAGAGAUGGCUGGCUAG